AGCCAGGAUCGACCGCGGUUGCAGUCUCCACCCCCCGGACACCGCACUCCUUCCCCCCUUCUGCCCGUAUAAAGGUAGCACAACUAACAGGCCGUCCGCUCGGGCUGAUUUUCUUCUCGUUGAUGGUUAGACUGUGCGAGAGAAGGAUGAAGUUCCUUGUAGCCGUAACGGUCAUCGUGGGGUCUUUGAUUUUCCUCGCCUUCCCAAAUGGCUCAUCCGCCGACGAGAAGAAGAAAGGCCCCAAAGUGACUGCGAAGGUUUUCUUUGACAUUAAAAUUGGAGAUGAAGAAGUUGGGAGAGUUGUCAUUGGUCUGUUUGGAAAAACCGUUCCCAAGACCGUUGACAACUUUGCUGCACUGGCGACAGGCGAGAAAGGAUUUGGUUACAAGGGCAGUAAAUUCCACAGAGUCAUCAAGGAGUUCAUGAUCCAGGGUGGAGACUUCACCAGAGGAGACGGCACUGGAGGCAAGAGCAUCUAUGGCGACCGCUUCCCAGACGAGAACUUCAAGCUGAAGCACUACGGUCCUGGCUGGCUCAGCAUGGCCAACGCUGGCAAAGACACAAACGGCUCCCAGUUCUUUAUUACCACAGUCCAGACUCCAUGGCUGGACGGCAAACACGUGGUCUUUGGGAAAAUUCUGGAGGGAAUGGAUGUGGUGAAGAAGAUCGAGAGCACAAAGACAGAUGGUCGUGAUAAACCUCUUAAAGAUGUUAUCAUCCACGACUGCGGCAAAAUUGAGGUGGAGAAACCAUUUGCAGUGGCCAAGGAGUAGAGUGCUGCUGGGGAAGAACAGAAAGAACAGAACUGGGGGGGGGGGUCGUGCAGGCCACCUUGUUUUAUUACUAACAACCACGAGGCCCUGGAAGAAGAGUUCCUCUGGUCAUUCAGUUACAUGGCUGCCAUCUUGCACCAAACGAGUGUUAAAACCUCGAGCAAUCAUGACACUUUGGGUCCAUUUUACCAACUAGCAUUCCAAGGUGCAUGUAACUGUUCAUUGAGUUUUUUUGUUUGUUUUUUUUGUAAAAAAAAAAAGAAAUCUAAAAUAAAGGUUUCAAAUUUUGUUAA